AGCCUUCAUAUUAGUUGCCUACAUUCCACAAUCCGAAUCACACUUGGAAGAUGCUCGCCCCGCAGCUACUGAUGCUCCUUGGCGCUCUGGCCCUGUCUGGGGUAGUCCGAGGGGGAGUCCAAGAGGUGCACAACGUGUAUGAGCUGUCGGGACUGGCCGCGCACAAGGAAAGAUUCUCCACGGAUGUGGCCCAGGACAAGUACACGCCCCCGGAGGAGAUGGAUCCGCAGUUCUGGUACGACCUGGCCAACGAGGAGAUCAACAAGCGGCUGGCGCUGCCACAGCUCGACAAGCUGAAGGCCAAGAAUGUGAUCAUGUUCCUGGGGGACGGCAUGCCGUUGGCCACAGUGACGGCGGCAAGGAUCCUGAAGGGUCAGCGCCAGGGCAAAACCGGCGAGGAGUCGUCGCUGAGCUUCGAGAAGUUCCCCCACACGGGCCUAAGUCGAACCUACUGCUCCAAUGCCCAAGUACCGGAUUCGGCCUGCACGGCCACUGCCUAUCUGUGUGGCGUCAAGACGAACAUCAUCAACAUCGGAGUCAGCGCCGCUGUCAACUUUAACAACUGCACUGCAAGCCAGGACCCAAGCAACCGCCUCACCUCCAUUGCUGAGUGGGCCCAGAACGCUGGCAAGGCCACGGGCAUCGUUACCACCACCACCCUGACGCAUGCCAGCCCCUCGGGGGCGUACGCCAAGACAGCCAACCGCAUGUGGGAGUGCGAUACGGACGUGACCAGCUAUGGAGUGGAUGCCAGCACCUGCAUCGACAUGGCCACCCAGCUGGUGACGCAGACGCCCGGCAAGAACUUUGACAUAAUGUUCGGCGGCGGCAUGGGCAAGUUCCUGCCCAAAACCAUCAAGGACAGCCACGGCAAGGCCGGCGAACGCUCCGACGGCGUGAAUCUCCUCUCCAAGUGGCAGAGCCAGCACGCGGGGGGUGUGCUGGUCAGCAAUCGCAAGCAGCUCCUCAGUGUCAAUGUCUCGGCGGUGGGAAACAUCAUCGGCCUGUUCCAGUCCCAGCUGAUGAAGUUCCACAUGGAUGCCGAUGCGACAUAUCAGCCCACACUGUCCGAGCUCACCGAAGUGACCAUCAAGAAGCUGAGCAAGAAUGCAAAUGGCUACUUUGCCUUUAUCGAAGGCGGACUCAUCGACUACGGCAAUCACUACACCCAGGCAGGCUAUGCGCUGGACGAGGCUCUGGAGUUUGAGAAGGCCAUUCAGCUGGCUCGCGACAUCACCGACAUAGAGGACACCCUAAUUGUGGUAACCGCUGACCAUGGACACGCGGUGAGCAUUGCCGGCUAUCCCGGACGCGGCACCAAUAUCCUGGGCAUCAACCAACACGACACCGAUCUCAAUGGCGUCAAGUAUUCUGUGCUGAACUAUGCGGCUGGUCCCAACCAAUACCUGGAUGAGAACGGUCAGCGCAUACCUCUGGACGGUCUGGUGGGAGACGAUGACUCGAUCACCCCCAGCUACAUUCCCAAGGAUCAGGGCGUUCACUCCGGCGAGGAUGUCGGCAUCUGGGCCUCCGGUCCCCAGAGCUAUCUCUUCACAGGCGUCAUGCAGCAGAGCACAAUUCCCCAUCUCAUGGCCUAUGCCUCCUGCAUUGGCAGUGGCCAAAAGAUCUGCGACAAGACAACAUAAUAAAUAAUAAAUAUCAAUAAAAUGA